GCAGCGCAUAGGGCUGGUGGUUGGCUUCACAUCUGUCGGGCUCACCUCAGCAGAACGAAUCCACCCAAGCCUCCAUCAUGAAGCUACAUCUCUUCACAGCCCUCUUGGUUCUCCUAACAGCUGAGGAAGCAGACGCCCUGAAGGAACCUGAGAUAUGUUACAUUUUGGAUGGGAUUCUCUUUGCCUACGGCAUCACUCUCACCUUCCUCUACUGUCGACUGAAGAUUCAAUACCGAAAGAAAUCAAAACAGUUACAGGACUCUUCGGCAAUCUAUGAGAAAGUGGAAGGAAUCUAUACAGGCCUUGUCACGCCUGAAGGUGACACCUACACACCCCUCAAGCUUACCAAGCCUGAACCACCGAGUAAAACCCCUGAAGAAGAGUUUGAAGUGGAGUAGGCCCUGCACUGCUGUGGCUUGCGGAAACCUUUGGCUGACAUCUGAAACCUGCAAAGCCGCGUUUGAUGUGGGACAACUGUCGAGCAAUCCUCGCUACACCUUCAGGGAAGACUCUGUCCUGUUUUGUGCCCUGACCAAGUGGCUUUGAUGAGGGGGAGCCUUGUUCGUGGUAGCUGCCGCUUGCUCUUUUAAGCCAAUGCCUAUUAGGAUGCGGCGUGGGCUUUUUGUUAACUCCACCGGGUGCUCUCACGAGUACCUCUCAAAGCCUAUUCAAUUGUAGGGCAAAACUAGUUUGUCCAUGAUCCCGUACAACCCCAGGGAACUUUAUAUACCCUUAUACAUAAUUGCCUAAGGGAUGGAAUGUCCGACGACUAACCCCCAGCCAAUGGGUGUGCAGGACUCACAACAUUCCAUCCAAUUCCCGCCCACCUUCCCCCAAC